AUGUCUACACAUCGACCAGCGUUUGAUAAGACUUCAGGAUUGGGUCUAGUUUUGAAAAAUAUAACGAAAUCAUUAAGGUCCACUGCAAAUAAGAAUGUUCCAGUAGUGAUAAAUCCUGCUGUGAUCGGAGGUGGUGAAGAUCAGCAGAAGCUUUUCAAUAGCUUGAGAAAUGGAACCCUUCCCCAGAGAGCCUUCGCUGCCGAGAAAAUGACUGAAUCGUUAACAAAAUAUUCGAUUUCAUCAAUAACAGAGGUAUGGUAUUCUGCCAGAGAUCUAUGUAAUAAAGAAGUUCAACCAUAUAUUCGACGAAUAGGCUUGAAACUUCUCAUAGAGUGUAUUAAUCAAUGUGGUGACCUGGUUGGUGAUAAGCUUAUGUUUUUCACAGAUAUAUUAGUAUUAUGCCAACUUUCUGAAAAAAAAGUUGACCCAGAAUAUGACCUCUUCUUAACGGCAUUAAAAAGCUUAACAUCUGAUGGCAAAGAUAUUUAUGAUCUUUGUAUCUUUAAGGAAGGUAGAGGCUUGAAUACCCUUUUAUCAGAUGCUCUUAUCUGCAUAUGGAAAAGUGCCAAAUUAUCUAUUGACAGGGAUAGUGAAGAAGAACUCAGAAACAAUAAAAAUUUUGAAAAUUUGAUUGAAACAAUAAAGUUUGCAAGAAACUGCUUGAAAUUUAAUUGCAGUGUAUUAGAAGAAGGCACGGUGUCAGCAAUUCUUAGUAAAGUUGUCACGAUUGGGUCGGAGACUAAUAAAGAUGAGAUAAAUUUCGAGAUAUUGGAUCUUAUUAAUUCGGUUAGUGCUUUUGGGAGUAUACCAUUUGAAAGUUUUCCCAGAGUCAUUCACUUUUUAUCCAUGUUAUAUGGCAAGAGUGAUAAGUUUCGUGAGGUCGUUGAAGACAUUAUUUAUUUACUACAAGAGUCAGGAACUUAUCAAAUAAUUAUUUACAAUCUAUGCCAAAUUAUACUGGAUAAUAGUGUGCUAAGGAACAGAUAUAACGAGUCAUUCAAUGAUGACAUCCUUUCACGUCUAGGUGCGAUUCAAUUGAUUGAAAUGUUUCAAGUUACCUCGACCCUUCAAGAAAGACAGAUAACUGAUUCCUACUUUCAUUUGAUAUUAAAGUCAAUAUUUACUUCAAUUUCAUUCAAUAUCCCUAUUAUCAACACUGCUCAUUUACGAUCCAUUGAUCGUAUAUUAUCUAAGUCGUCUUACAAUGAAAACGCAAGCGGCGAGUUUCAAUAUCAGAUUGAGAAAGCGCUUCCAUUUUACCCUUGGCACUGCGAAAGCUUUUCAGUGUAUGAUAUUCUUAAUAACUUGAAGCUAAGUUCAGAGCAAGAUACCAGUUAUAUGAAGUCCAUUUGCGUUUCAUUACAAUCCUUAUAUGUCAAUCAUGAAUUACAUUCUCCGAAAGAUAAGCUCAUUUAUUUUUUUAUGGCUAACACUGAAUAUUUAAGCAAUGAUAACAUGAUAUUCAUCUUGAAAUAUUAUAGCGAUGAAAAAAUGUGUUCUGUUCUCGAUCCUCUUUGGAAAGAAAACAGCUUCAAGAUUCUCAACAGCUUUUAUUAUACGCCUAGGGAUUCUGAGGUGAAAGUGAAAUGCCUAAAUGUAAUUAAGAAUGGACUUGAAACAUCAAGAAUGCUUGGAGAUAGCAGGAGCGUAAAUUAUGAUGUAGUAGUUGAUAUACUUAGAAAAUCGUCGGAUGAACAAAAUGAAGAAGUCGCUGACUACUUGAUGCAUAAAGUUUAUCUCGAGAUUGCUCUCGAAGCGCCCAUAGAAGUGUUCAGAGAUCUUUAUAAUGGCAUCAAGUCAAGCGCAAUGAAAAGCAAUGAUGUAUAUGAAAAGUCCCGACCAAUAGUGUCUUUGAAGUCUAAUGGAUCGUUUGCUCUGUCAACAAGAAACAAUGUCGACUCAUCGGUUAAAUUUUUGACCAAGUUUUCAGAAGCAUUAUCAACGGUAUUUUUGGUAUCCACUACCCAAAGCGACCAAAAAGCAUAUGAAGCCUACGAAAUGUUAAUUGAGCUUUGCCGAUUUGCACUACUUAAUGAAAUUACUGAAGUUUUAAUAACGAUUUCAAAAUGCUUAGUUCGAAUCAGGUGUACAAAUGAGAUGUACGUUUUUUUAACGACGGUCGAUGAUAUUAUCGGAUUAGCAACUGCCUUCAAGAGAAACACUUUCGAUAAUGACUUCAAAAGUGUGAAUUUUAUGUGGCAGUUUCCAGAAACAUUAAGCUACUUACCUGAAAAGUAUCUCGAUCGUCCUGCUAAAAGGUUGCUUGUUGAUACUGAUGAUAAAAGUGGUGAUAAUUUUGAUCCUUCACUAUCAAUUUAUACGAUAGAUAUGGGAAAAUGGUUGUCAAUAGUUCUAGAAGUAAUGGAACUGUUUGUCAAUUGGGAAAUUUAUUCAUUUAUUUGGGCACAUUUUUGUGGUCAGCUCUCUAAUAUGGCACUAUUUCAAAAGAACAAAAUCCAAAUUAGUGCUAUAAGAAAAUUGACUUGUCAUCAGUUAACGCUUAAUUUACCUUCGAACUUGGUAUUUCCUAGCAACAUUACAAAAGCAGAUCUUCAAGUGAUAUCUGCGAGAACUUUAUCUGCACUAUUAGCGUAUCAUGAUUUUUUUUCGAAACAGGAACAAGAUCAGCUCGUCACUUCUCUCAUUUUUGGUCUUGGUUCGUGGGAAAAAACGGCAAUUCCUUGUAUCAGUAUUUUGACAGUAUGUUGUUGCGAAAUUCCUUUGUCAAUUAAGAAGUACUUGUCUGUUAUUCUAACUAAAUUGCAGACGACGAUUACGAGUGUUUUUGCUGCUCCUCUCACUUUGGAGUUUUUGCUCUCGUUAAUAUAUUUGCCAACCUUAACUUCUAAUUUUACUAAGGAUGAGUUCAAAAGGGUGUUUGGAAUAGCUUUCAAGUAUAUUCAGUAUUCAAAUGAUGCCCGCAAAAGAUCAGAAAAAGACGUUUUUGCGAAUAACAAAGCUAACGAAUAUGGAGUGGAUGCUGUCGUAGAAGAGAGCGUUUCAACAAAAAACAUAGAAAUCACACCUAGUAUGUCGCAAUAUUUGCUCACGUUAUCAUAUAGUAUUAUUUCAAGUUGGUUUUUAAAUAUUAAUAUGAGCGAUAGGAAGUACCUUUCUUCGUUUGUUGUCAAAAACUUGAUUUUGGUGAGCAGAAGUGAGACAGAUGAACUUGAUGAUCAGACAAUAGCGUUUCUAGACUUGAUUACUAGAUUCACUUAUAGUGAUAUGCCUUUGAUAAUCACAAAUCCUUCGAUAGAGACACUAAUAAGUGAAGACACACAUGUCUCACAGUUUAUUAUAGGCUCUUCUAUUUUAAGCAUUGAAACAGAUAUUUUUGAUGGAAAUUUUUGCAUAAAAAUUAGGCGGCCAACUGGAGUAACAGCGUUGAAAGGCACCGUGGAUUCAAUAAAAGGAACAGGAUCGCCAUUAAUAAACUCCAACUAUAUUCUUCUACAGCUUUUUAACAAUAUUGAUCCCAAGAAUUCUAUUAAACCGAUUCCAUUAAUUGAGGACUCGAUAUCCAUAAGAGCGUUAUCAAUACUUGAUAGAAUACCCACAGUAGAAUUCCACAAGAUUGGUAUCAUGUAUAUCAGGAAAAACCAAGCAUCCGAGCAUGAGAUACUAGGUAACAGAGUAGGAUCUAGAGCCUACCAAUCAUUUUUGGAUAGAGUUGGUCGCUUAAUAAGAUUGAAGGGAUGUAGAAACUACUAUGUGGGGGGUCUCGACAUAGAGAACGAUGUCGAUGGUGAGUAUGCAACUUUCUGGAAUAGUAAGACUAUGCAUGUCGUAUUUCAAGUUACAACUAUGAUGGGACUGAGUGAAGCUGACAAGAACUUCGAUUUAAAAAAAAGGCACAUAGGUAAUAAUUAUGUGAACAUUUACUUCGACGAGUCUGGGUUGCCAUUCAACUUUAAUGUCAUCAAAUCACAGUUUAACUUCUUGAAUAUUGUUAUUUCCCCAUCAGCCCUAUCUGCAAGUGCGCUGGCAUCAGAAGAAUAUCGUAGAAGACGUUUCUUUAAGGUAAAGGUGUAUCGUAGAUCUGGUGUGCCUGCUGUGUUCGCUUCAUGCCAUUUCAAAUUGAUCUCGGAGGAGAAGUUACCUUUUUUUAUCAGAAAUCUUGCCAUCUCAGCCGAUCAAUUUGCGAAUGCAUGGCACCCUUCUGUGGCCACUUCGCAUCUCUCGAAUUGGUCUCAUAGGGCUAAACAAAUUAAGGUGCUUAAAGAGAAGACUCUAGGAAGUCAUCGCUUGUUACAAGAAGAGAAUCAGAAAACGAUAGCAAGUUCCUCAACCACCCAGUCAUUCUUACUGCAAUUGAGUCCCGAAAUCCCUACCGUUUCUUCAGGUGGAACUGAUAGAUACGAGUAUCUCACCUCAAAUGAUAGCGACAUAUAUUCUUUAGUUGAGUUCAAUUCUUACACAUAG